AUGGCGAGUCCUGCGCACUGCUUCUAUUGCUUCGAAGUACUGUCGGCCAGCUUUGAACGUCGAGAUCCUCCAACUUUACAGAAAGUGCUCGAAUUGUAUGAGAAUUACAAAACAGUCAGACAAUCUAAUGGGACAACAUCCACAGGAGAGGAAGAAUCAGAAACUGGCAAGGAUUCUGUCAAGGUGACGGACUCUGAAGAGGAGGAUCAGGCCGGUGACGAAGAAGAGGAGGAGGAGGAGGAAGACCAAGAGGAAGAGGAGGAUGCUGCUGGGGAAGAAGAGACCCAACGCUUCGAUCGCCGUCACUCUAACAAGGCCGGGCCUCAACUCCCCAGCAUCUCUCGAUUGCAAGCGUCGAGUUCGUCGUCACGGUCGUCCUCAGCGUCUUCCCCUUCACUUUUCUCCGCCAGCUCGUCCAAUUCUCAGCUUACAACCCCAUCGAGUACGACCUCCUCGUCGAGCUCCUCCUACACGCGGCCUACGUACGCAUCACAACUCUCGGCUACCGAGUCUUAUCCGCUUUUCGUCACCUGGAACACCGUAGCCCGCUCAGGCCACAAAGCUCUGAGAGGAUGCAUAGGGACUUUUGAGGCCCUCCCACUCGCGUCGGGACUCAGCACCUACGCCCUGACAUCGGCGUUUGACGACACGCGAUUUUCGCCCAUCCCGGCCGCCCUUUUGCCCGCACUCUCCUGCUCUUUGACAUUGCUUGCAGACUUCGAGCCCUGUCAGGAUGCCAUGGACUGGGUGUUAGGCCUCCACGGCUUACGGAUCAGCUUCAACUACCGAAAUCGGCGACACGGCGCGACCUAUCUACCAGACGUGGCGGUCGAGCAAGGGUGGACGAAAGAGGAGACGGUGGAGAGUCUAAUGAAGAAGGCAGGAUGGGACGGAGGAUAUGCAGGAGGUCAUGGCGUUGCGAGGAGACUCUUACGAGGGUCAAUUAGAGGAGGGGGUGCAAGCGAUCAGCAGCAACAAUCCCAACCGCCAAAGCCAUGGGAGGAGGUCCAAGACUUCAAGGCAAUCAGGUAUACGGGGCUGAAGGCGAGUGCAUCAUAUUCUGAGUGGCAGGACUGGCGCGACUGGGUUGAGAAGAACGGGCUCAAGUGA